UGGCACGACGAGGCCGACCUCUUACGGGAAGCGAGGGUCCUUCCUCCAGGCGUUGACGACCAGAUCAACCUCGAGGCAGAGACUCGAGACCAAGUCAAGGACCUCAUGGAGACUUUGAUUGAGGAGGAAAUCCUGGACGUCCGUCGGGGUUGGGUCCUCGCCUCCAACUUUUAAUGCUUUCCAUAUUUCCAUUCCGACGCCAAUGUUCAAUGUCAGUGAACCUCCCUCGGCCUGGACUGUUCACUCCCAAGGAAGCUGAAACAGCGUGCUGUUCAGGCCGCACCGAGGGUUCUCCCACGAAGCCUUCGGCCAUGAGCGACGACCAAAGCCAAGCGCCUUCCGCCUUGACGACGAAGGCGCUGUGACACUGGACGAGCCUGUACCUUGAAUGCGUAGUUUUAGGAUACAGUGACUGUAACUCUCUUCUGAGUUGCUGAUGAAAUGUUUAUUGUUUUUGACAAGGGAUACUUCCCUCUAUAAUGUUUAUGUUGUAAUGACUACAACCCAUGUUUAAAGAUAACAGGGUUGUUAAAUGAUGAUCUGUUUUUAUACUCAUAUGACUGCGAUUCAGUCGCUCUUGAAGAAAUUAUCUCAUUUAAGGCAUGAAAGACUAAUGAUUCAUUUUGAUAAAUAAAAUACUUACAUGUU